AAGAAGCCCUGUCUCUACUGUGUGACCCUACACCCCCUCAAUUGUCCUCUGCACCACCUGUGUAUCCUCAAGAUCAAAGAUCCGCCAUGGAGAACCUAGGAGCCCAUCGCAGCAGGGAAGCCCCUUCCCCCCCCUCCUCAUCUUCUUACACUACCUCCAGAGGAACAGCUAGAGACAGAGAGCGAGACCGAGAGAGAGACAAAGACAGAAACAGAGAUAGAGAGAGAGACAGAGAAAGAGAGAGAGAACGAGAUAGAGACAGAGACACGGACAGGAGCAAAGGGAGGGACAAAGACAAAAAGAAGAAAAAACACAAGAGGAGGUCAAGAUCUAGGUCACGGUCGAAGAGCAAACAUUCCCUUCCCAGUGCCUACAGGAGAUCCCGCAGGUCUCGAUCCCGCUCGCACUCCCCGGGGAGAAGGGACAGAAGGGGCCCCUCGUCAGAGAGGAGACGUGACGAGAGAGAGCGAGAGCGCCAUCAUCCCAGCAGCAGCUCCAGUCGUCCCAGGGGGCAUUCGAGAUCCAGGUCCCCUCCAGAUAAAAAGAGGAGCGCCUUGUCUUCUUCAGGUCACAUGCAAACUGCAGGUUCCUCUUUGUCCCCUUACUCCUCACCAGGCAGAGUUUUGUCCCAGUCAGCUAGUCCCGCCUCCAGCCUAGGACUCUCCAGGUAACCCUCCACAAGCCUG